CGGUUAAACAAAGAUGGCGGCCUCCAGCGCUGAGCUGUUGUCGUGUAUCUUCUGUUUAUCUCUCUUGGCCAAUGUUGUGACUCCAGACGAAAAUGUAACGAGCCACGAUUUCAAUGCGACUGCGUCUGAUGAAUUUACUGUCACACCUAACGUCACAGACAGUUACACAACAACCUCGGAGGCCACAGAACCGACACCGAGCUACACCGUUCAGCCCACCGCAGCCGCCCAGCCCCUGCCCGUGUCCGGCCGCCUGCUCCUCCCGGCUACUGACGUUGACAGGUUGUGUCCCUGUGAUGAGCACAGAGGUGCGUGUGACAUCAACUGCUGCUGUGACACAGAGUGCGAUGAGGAGCUGCCUCUGUUCACCGGCUGCUCAGUGUCCACCGUCAGUGGCACCAAGCAGCUUUGCAGCUGUGAUGUAGCGUCGUACUCUCUGAGGAGCACCAUAGACGGCUACUCAGAGCUUCAGCCAUCCGUCAGGAAGGAGACAAAUUAUGACAUUUUUUGCAUUCGGUCACAAAAUCGUAUUGAUGGAUGGUCUCAUCCCUCACCUUCUCUUCCAACCGACAGUAACUUUGAUUCGCUGUUUAAACAAUUUACCAGCUUCCUUUUCGGCUUGGAGGAAAACACUGCAGAGCUCCAGGCCCCAUCUGGAUACCAGUAUGGGGAUGUGAUGGUGACGGCAGGGGAAGAUGGAGGCAGAGGGAUGUUCUGGUUGCCAGCUCCUGGUGUCACUGCUGAUUGUGUGGACACAAGUCCUGCAGCCUUCUUAAAAGAUGACAGCAGAGGGUGUUCCCGGCGUGUAAACCUGGAUCAGGACUGCAGCUCUCUGCCAGCCCUCAAUAUGGACACCUACACUGACAUCCAGCUCUUAACUGGGACGAAUAACGAUGCAGCAGUUGUUCCUGUGGAGGUCGCUUCAGUCAUCCAGCAGUCUGUAGAGGGGACUCAGACUAAGUGGAACGUGAGUGGAGGAGAAAACCUCAGUCCUGUUCUCCUGAACCCAGAACUCUGUGCUAAUGUAGUGCUGAAGGUUGUAUACGUCAUGAAGUACAACCCAGCCGGUGAGAUAGUGUAUGUGAGCGUAUCUCUGGUACUUGGAUUUGUUCGUGAAACAGCACUGCCCCUGAAACAGGAGUUUCAAAUCACCUUUGUCCAGCAGGAUGUGGAGGAGGUGGCUGUGGACUAUAGUGGAAAUCCAGGUUAUGUGGUUGGACUGCCUCUUGUGUCUGGAACAAGAACACAUGAUGGGAUUGUCAGAAGCAUAGACUCUAGAGAAACACUGUCUCUUCUGGAUGCAGCUGAGGAUCAAGACUGUCUGCGUGGUCUACAUCAGCGCUCCCCUGUCCUUUUUGGUCUGGAUUCUGUGUCUGGCUGCACAUUAAGACUGGAGGAUACUGCCAACUGCUCCCUGGUCUCCCAAGUGCUCCUGGAUGUUCUGAGAGGACCAAACUAUCCCCAGUAUGUGGCUUCUUUUGGAAACUCCCCAUUAAACAAUCCACUGGACUGGGUGCAAAUCAGCAGCUUCCGUCCUGGGGAGGCCCAGAGUUGCAGCAUCCCCUUGUCACUUCAUUUAGAAGUUGAAUGGACCAAAUAUGGAUCCUUGGUGAACGCCCAGCCUCAGAUUGUGAGCAUCAAAGAAGUUGUCCAAACCAACACCACCAGCUUGGCCCUGUUAUCGGGCGGCAGCAGCAUCCUGACAAUCAGCAUGUCAGUGGCCUUCAUACCAGUGUCGGCUGCUGCUCUUCCUGGUUACAAUGCUAUGCCCACCAUCGAUGCCAAACUACCCUAUGACUUCUUCUCCCCUUUUGUCUGAUCCAAGAGUUAUCAGUUAACAGUUCAUACAGGUUCCACAUACACUGGUACAGGACAUUUUUGAAAAGUUCUGUUUGUACAAUCAAUUUAAUACUGUUAAUAAUGUACAUAUAAUCUUUGUAAGAUUAUUUAACAUUGUUGAAUAAAUGAAAUCCUUUUUUUUACAAAA